GCUGUUGAGCUCAUGGUCUCUCAGCUGGGUGUGGCUCAAACAGGUAGAGUUACCUGCAGCCUAUCCCUCACAGCCCCUCCCCCCUCUCAGGUGUCUCAGGUGGAGCUCAGCCUUCGUCAGUUUUCACUGAGCAGCGUCCAACAAACACUGACGGUAACAACAUGGUGUUCCAUCCAGAGUUUGAGCAAGCCGGCCAGAGGGCGGGGCUUCAGGUGUGGCGGGUGGAAAACAUGGAGCUGGUUCCUGUUCCUAAGAGUCUGUAUGGAGGGUUCUACAGCGGAGACGCAUACCUGGUUCUCCACAGCACCCAGAACCGCUGUGGAACCCUGCAGUAUGACAUGCACUACUGGCAAGGUUCAGAGUGUUCUCAGGAUGAGAGUGGCGCGGCGGCCAUUUUUGCCGUGCAGAUGGAUGAUUACCUGCAAGGGACACCAGUCCAGUACCGUGAGGUCCAGGGUCACGAGUCCAGUACCUUCAUAGGGUACUUCAAAACUGGACUUAAGUACAUGAAAGGGGGUGUGGCCUCAGGGUUCCAACAUGUGGUGACCAAUGAUGUGGAGGUUCAGCGGCUGCUGCAGGUCAAAGGUCGACAUGUCGUCAGGGCGACGGAGGUUCCUGUGAGCUGGGACAGUUUCAAUCAUGGAGACAGUUUCAUACUGGACCUGGGAGAGGAGAUCAUCCAGUGGUCUGGUUCCCAUAGCAACCGCUUUGAGAAGCUGAAGGCCACCAUUGUAUCUAAGGGUAUCCGUGAUGACGAGCGCUGUGGGCGGGCCAAGCUGCUGGUCUGUGAUGAGGGGGAGGAGCCAGAGAGGAUGCUGGAGGUUCUCGGGGAGAAGCCAGAGCUGCCUGAAGCUCACAGUGAUGACACCAAGAUGGACGCCUCACACAGGAAACAGGCAACACUUUACAAGGUGUCUAAUGCAGAUGGUAACAUGAAGGUUACCAUGGUAGCAGAGAAGAAUCCAUUCUCCCAGGAUGCUUUGCAGUCCAGCGAGUGCUUCAUCCUUGACAAUGGAGCCAACGGACACAUCUACGUGUGGAAAGGUAAGGAGGCGAACCCUGAGGAGCGUCAUGCCGUUCUGCAGAGCUCAGAGCAGUUCAUCAUCCAGAUGAAGUACCCAACACACACACAGGUCCAGGUCCUUCCUGAGCACGGGGAAACUCCACUCUUCCAACAGUUCUUUAAGAACUGGAGGGACCCCGAUGACACCGUUGGCAUGGGAACGGCCUAUGUAUGCAGUCAGAUCGCAAAGAUCAAGAGGGUUCCGUUUGACGCAUCGACACUCCACCAAUCAGACGCCAUGGCAGCACAGCAUGGGAUGGUGGACCGAGGAGACGGAGAAAAACAGAUCUGGCGUAUUGAAGGAUCUGAUAAGGUUCCUGUGGAUCCGUCUUUGUUUGGUCAGUUCUAUGGAGGAGACAGUUACAUCAUUCGGUAUCACUACCAACACAACAACAAACAGGGUGACAUAAUCUACAUAUGGCAGGGGGCGGAGUCUACGCAGGAUGAGGUUGGAGCGUCGGCCAUCUUGGCUGUACAGGUGGAUGAUGAACUGGGAGGAAGUGCUGUACAGGUGCAGGUGGUUCAGGGAAAAGAGCCGGCCCACCUCAUGAGCCUGUUCAGGGGCCAACCAAUGGUGGUGCACAAGGGCGGGACCUCCAGAGAGGGCAGCCAAUCAGAGGUGGCAGAUACCCGCCUGUUCCAGGUUCGAGCCAAUUCAGCGGGAGACUCCAGAGCUGUGGAGGUGGACCCGUCCUCCCCCAGUCUAAACUCCAGCGAUGUCUUCCUCCUGCUCUCCUCCUCUGGAUGCUGGAUGUGGAGUGGGAGGAGCAGCAGUUCAGCUGAGGCCCGGGGAGCAGAACACCUGGCUGAGCUCCUGCAGGUGACCCCCACCUCUCUGGGGGAGGGGCAGGAGGAAGAUGCAUUCUGGGAUGUGCUGGGGGGGCAGAAGGAGUACUGUCACUCCCCCCGGCUGAAGAACAACAUGGAGGCUCAUCCUCCUCGUUUGUUCGCCUGCUCCAACAAGACCGGGAACUUCCUGAUGGAAGAGGUUCCAGGUGAGUUGACACAGGAUGACUUCGCUCCUGAUGAUGUAAUGAUCUUGGAUACCUGGGAUCAGGUCUUUGUUUGGAUCGGAGAUGAGGCUCAUGAGGAGGAGAAGAUGGAGGCGGCAUUAUCAGCUGUCAGGUACAUUGAGAGCGACCCGGCAGACAGAGACCCUCGUACCCCCACUGUGACGAUCAAACAGGGAUUUGAACCGCCAACCUUCACAGGCUGGUUCCUGGGCUGGAACCAUGAUUACUGGACCGUCAACCAGCUGGAGCAAGCCACUGGACAUCUGUGACAUCACUUCCUGUUUAAACAUCAACAAGGAGCUCUGAGUUCUGAUUCAUUCUUAUAAAUAAAAUCUGUUAGUGUCA